CCGCCCCUCCGCGCCGCCCCCCGGGGAGCGCCGGCCGCAGCCGCCGCAGCCGCGCCAAGAUGUCUGCGCUGAGGGCCGCGCGGAUGCUUCAAGCCAUUGCAGGGCAUGGAUGGAGAACACAUUCUAGUCAAUCUGCUCAAAAUUUACACAAAGGCAAACCUGCAGCCGGCUUCAGCUUUGAGCUCACUGAUGAACAGAAAGAGUUUCAAGCUACUGCUCGUAAAUUUGCUAGGGAGGAAAUUAUUCCUGUCGCUGCACAAUAUGACAAAACCGGCGAGUAUCCUUUUCCACUCAUAAAACGGGCUUGGGAACUUGGUCUCAUAAAUUCACACAUACCAGAAAGCUGUGGUGGUCUUGGCCUCGGCAGUUUUGAAGCAUGCCUUAUUACAGAAGAGUUAGCUUAUGGAUGCACAGGAGUCCAAACUGCCAUUGAAGCAAAUUCCCUAGGGCAAAUGCCAGUAAUCAUUGCAGGAAAUGACCAGCAGCAGAAAAAAUAUUUAGGAAGAAUGACAGAGGAACCAAUGAUGUGUGCUUAUUGUGUAACAGAGCCUGGAGCAGGCUCUGAUGUGGCUGGUAUAAAAACAAAGGCUGAGAAAAAAGGAGAUGAGUAUGUUAUUAAUGGCCAGAAGAUGUGGAUCACAAAUGGUGGGAAAGCUAACUGGUAUUUUUUGCUAGCUCGUACCAAUCCAGAUCCGAAAGCUCCUGCAGGCAAAGCCUUUACUGGAUUCAUUGUGGAAGCAGAUAGCCCUGGAAUCCAAAUUGGAAGAAAGGAAAUUAAUAUGGGUCAGCGUUGCUCAGAUACAAGAGGUAUUGUCUUUGAAGAUGUGAGAGUCCCAAAGGAAAAUGUAUUAAUAGCUGAGGGAGCUGGCUUUAAAAUUGCAAUGGAAGCUUUUGAUAAGACCAGACCUCCUGUAGCAGCUGGUGCUGUUGGUUUAGCACAAAGAGCACUGGAUGAAGCUACUAAAUAUGCUUUGGAGAGAAAAACCUUUGGGAAAACAAUUGUUGAACACCAAGCAGUGUCUUUCAUGCUUGCUGAAAUGGCGAUGAAAGUGGAACUAGCUAGGCUGGCUUACCAAAGAGCUGCAUGGGAGGUUGAUGCUGGUCACAAGAAUACCUACUACGCUUCCAUUGCAAAGGCGUUUGCUGGUGACAUUGCAAACCAAGUAGCUACAGAUGCAGUACAGAUUUUUGGAGGAAAUGGAUUUAAUAGUGAAUAUCCUGUAGAAAAACUAAUGAGAGAUGCUAAAAUCUACCAGAUUUACGAGGGAACUGCUCAGAUCCAAAGGAUGAUCAUAGCUCGUGAACACGUUGGCAAAUUUAAGGUUUAAAGAAAGGUAUACAGUGUGUCUGGCACUGUUGUUGCGUUCUAUGUUCUCAGAAGAAGAGGAUGUUAAUACGUUUCUCAAUACAAUUAAAAGGUGUGGGAAAAAAACUUUUCCUUCAAGAUCUUAUUAUUUUGUACAUUAUUAAGCACUACUUUAGUACCCCCCCACUACAUUUAGUACACUCCAUUCAUAACAAAGUUGGUAUUUUCCAAACAUGUCUGAAUUCCAAAGUGAUUGUUUGUCUCUUGUCUUUCCCUACUUAGGCUUUUUCAUUCCAGUCUAUGGCUUUCGGUAGGGGAAGAGGUAAAAACCUUCCCUGUAAAAUUUUCAUUAAAAAAGUGAACAGAAUUCAGAAAUAUUUUUAUUGUCUGUGAAGCCAUUCCACAUGUAACAAUAAUUUGAUUUUAGGAACUUCUGUAUUAUUUAUAAUAAUACAGAUUUGCUCCUACUGAGAUAAAUUAUAGCUUUAUCAUUGGAAGUCAGGUGGAUAUCAAUUUAAUAAAUCUCAGGGACACGAUUACUUUAAAAAGCUAUUCUGAUUCUUGCAAGGAUCACAUACUGCAGUAUAUUGUGUCCAGGUCAUCACGUGCUAUAAUGAAUAUUCUAACACAGUAGUUUUGUAGGUUUUAGAAACUCUCAUCUUUUAAAUUUCAACAGGAAUACGUAUUAACUUCUGGACCAUUCAAAAACAAAUAUAUAUUCCUAUAAAGUACAACACAGAUCAUUGUUAUUUUUCCCAAACAGUGGCAGAAUUACUACCUGUGUAUUGUUUGCAUAUUACAUGCCUCCAUGUGUCAGUAUGAACAAAAGCUAGUUUUUGUUUUCAAAAGAUACUGCAUAAUAGGGCUUCUUUUCAGUGACUUACCAUGUUAUUCACCUGAGUCCAGCACCGACAGAAAUUUGCAUUCAAUGCUUUUAUCUCUGUGCCUCAGAGAAAUCUGCUACAUUUAUGAAGAAAAUGCUUGUUUUCUUGUGCCUUAAGUAAGACUUCUUUAUGGAUGAACGCUAAGGACUGCUUUUUCCGAAACACAGUUAUGUACUUUUGUCACAGUAUGAGAAAAAGAAAUACGGUCAUUCAGUUUCAAACACAUUUUCAUUUUAGCUGAGUUCAUGUGAAAUAACUUCUAGGAAACUAUGCCAUAUAUUUGAGUAUAAUAACUCUGUUCUAAACUUGGCUGUUACCUCAAAAGUUCUAAUAUGAAAAGGGCAAGAAUUGAGAAUAUCACAACACAAUGUUUUUUCACUUCAAAAUUAGGUGAUCAAAAGUUAUUUCUGGCAAUCACUGCCGAAUGCUAAUAAAAAACUAUUUUCAAAUAGAAAAA